ACAGAAGGGACUUGCCCUCUCUCCUGCUCCCUCAGCAUCACAGCAUCCAGACCACUGCUGAGAAGACCCUCACUCCUGUUACCUGCUGGUGCCACUGCAGGAGGACCAGCAUGGGAGGACAGACCUUCUUCACACAUCUGCAGCAUCACGGCAUCAGGACAACAGCACAGGAGGACUCCCUUCUGUCUAGACAGUGUCAUUGAGGAAGGACAAGCAAAAAGAAGGGCUUCUCUCUUAGCAAGUCAUUUGAGCAUCCACAGAAGCUGACCUGCACUUGUCUUCCACACGCCCCUCCCUGUUACCACUGCUUGAAACAGGAUCUGUUCCAAACAGGGCUUUUUCUUCCAUAUCUGCAAUUGUUCAGCAAGACACACUGGGAACAUUUCUUUUUUUCCAGCCCAUACAGCAAGACCUGGGCUAGGAGCAAUAGCUCUUUCUCCAGUAUGACUGUAGCAAGUCCAGCUCAGAGCUCUAUCUUUUAAAUUCAGCUAGGAUUGUGUAAGCAGCUCUUCUGCCCUCUCCCUCUACUUAACUGAUUCCAUCCCCUCUCCCUGAAACCGGACAGCGAGUGCUUCUACACCAGCCUCAUUUGUAGCAGAAACAUCUUCUGACAGAUUUGCUGACGUGCAUGGAAGCAAGGGAUGGGUUCACUCAAAAAUAAUGAGCCCAUCACAAAGCCUGUGAACGUCCUAUCUCAUAAGGGAUCGCCAUCUCCAGCAGACUCUGAUAAGACAACAUUAGAUGAACUGUGGCUCCAAAGGCUGCUGCCUUCCUACCCCCGUUACCGUGGCAACCGCCCGGGCUCCCCCAGCCCCGCGCCGCUGCCGCCGCCGCCGCCGGAGCUGCUCGGCAGCCACCUGCCGCCGCCGGCCAUGGAGCUGCUGGCCGCGGCCCUCAGCGCCGCCUGCGCCCUCGACCAGGACGGCUCUGCGGGACAGCCCGGCAGGGAGCCCCCCGCGGCCGCUGAGGAGAGCCCCGCCGCAGCCACGGCGCCGCCUGCCCACCCCAUGACGGCCGACUCCUGGAGAAACCUCAUCGAGCACAUCGGGCUCUUGUACCAGGAAUAUCGAGAUAAAUCUACACGCCAGGAAAUUGAAACCAGACGACUGCAGGAUUCACAGACAGACCCCGAGGAGAGUUCACCCAGUGAGGAAACCCCAUCUGAAGCAGAACCUACCAGUACACCUGAAAGCAAAGCUCCACCACAAAUCAGUUUGCUGAGGAACUCCAACUCCAGGUUCAACUUAUGGCAGGAUCUUCCCGAGAUCCGGAGCAGUGGGGUCCUCAGCAUUCUCCAGCCAGAUGAGAUCAAGCUGCAGGAGGCCAUGUUUGAGCUGGUUACUUCCGAAGCCUCCUAUUACAAGAGCCUGAAUCUUUUGGUGUCUCACUUCAUGGAGAAUGAACGUCUGAAAAAAAUCUUACACCCUUCUGAAGCACACAUCCUCUUCUCCAAUGUCCUGGAUGUCAUGGCUGUCAGUGAGCGCUUCCUUUUGGACCUCGAGCAGCGGGUGGAGGAGAACAUUGUCAUCUCGGAUGUGUGCGAUAUUGUCUAUCAGCAUACAGUUAACCACUUCUCUGUGUACAUCACCUACGUCUCCAACCAGACCUACCAGGAGAGAGCUUACAAGCAGCUUCUGCAGGACAAGCCAGCUUUCCGAGAAGUGAUCUCACAGCUGGAGCUGGAUCCUAAGUGCAAAGGCCUGUCCUUUUCUUCCUUCCUUAUUCUGCCGUUUCAAAGGAUCACUCGGCUCAAACUGCUGGUGCAGAAUAUUUUGAAGAAAGUAGAAGAGAAGUCUGACAGGGAAAACACUGCCCUGGAUGCACAUAAAGAGCUGGAAACAGUGGUGAAAGCAUGUAAUGAAGGUGUCAGAAAGAUGAGCCGAACAGAGCAGAUGAUCAGCAUCCAGAAGAAACUGGAAUUCAAGAUCAAGUCUGUGCCCAUCAUCUCUCACUCCCGCUGGCUGCUGAAGCAGGGGGAACUGCAGCAAAUGAAUGGUCCAAAGACAUCACGAACACUUCGCACCAAGAAACUCUUCAGAGAAAUCUACUUGUUCCUUUUCAAUGACCUGCUGGUAAUCUGCCGGCAAAUUCCUGGGGACAAGUACCAAGUGUUUGACUCUGCUCCUCGGGGACUCCUUCGGGUAGAGGAGUUAGAAGACCAGGGGCAGAGUUUGGCCAACGUCUUCAUCUUGAGGCUGCUGGAGAACGCAGAUGACCGGGAGGCGAGCUACAUGCUGAAGGCAUCAUCCCAGAGUGAGAUGAAGCGCUGGAUGAUCUCACUGGCCCCGAACCGCAGAACCAAGUUUGUUUCAUUUACAUCCAGACUUGUUGACUGCCCACAGAUCCAGUGUGUCCACCCGUACGUGGCCCAGCAGCCAGAUGAGCUGUCCUUGGAACUGGCUGAUGUCCUCAACAUCCUGGACAAGACAGAUGAUGGCUGGAUAUUUGGAGAGCGUCUUCACGACCAGGAGAGGGGCUGGUUCCCCAGUUCUAUGGGGGAGGAGAUCCUGAACCCCAAAAUCCGAGCCCAGAACUUGAAGGAGUGUUUCCGGGUGCACAAGUCGGAUGACAGCCAGCGGAGAAAACUGGGCAGCAGGAACCGCCAAUGACCACUGGCAUCCCUGAACAUCUGCAGCACCUCUGGGAGAGGGGCAAAGGACAGAAGCACAACUGGAAGGAUAUGGUGAUGGUGUGGUGGGCCAUGGUGCAGGACCUGUUGUGCCAGAGCAGGCACAUGCACCCAUGAACAGAGAGACUGCACGUCCUGGGCUCCCUGCAGCACUGAUGCUUCCCUAGAGAUCUAUGUUCUGAACUGGCUUGGAUAACCCUUUCCCAGGCAUUCUGUACAGCUGCAGAGAGCACAAGCCAAGCUGACACAGCCCAAAGGUGCCGGGUGGCUGAUCCCCAUUCCCUGCACACAUGCUAGCUGGGGCUGGCUCGGGCUGCCUGGGAAAGGCACAUGGCCACAAGCAUAAAAAAGCAUUAAUGUUGCCCAGUUUGAGCACUUGCAGCUCAUCACGACUUAUAGUUUGGGU